UCCAAAACCCCUUCCCAAAUCUCCAACCCUUCUUCUCCGGCAUGGAGCUCGCCGGCGCCACCUCCGUCGCCGGCCUCGCCUACCCCGACUCCGUCGACUCCUCCCCCAGCUCUCGCGGCCGUGAAUCAUGGGAUGAUCCCCCGGCUGCCGCCGAUGCUCUCCCCUUGAAGCUCCGUUUCAUGUGUAGCUAUGGCGGCCGCAUCGUCCCCCGCCCCACCGAUAAGUCUCUCUGCUAUCUCGGCGGCGAGACCCGCAUCAUCGUCGUCGACCGCCACUCUACCCUCGCUGACCUCUCCUCUCGCUUGUCCCGCUCCCUCCUUGGUGGCCGUGCCUUCUCUCUCAAGUACCAGCUCCCCAACGAGGAUCUCGAUGCUCUUAUCUCCGUCUCCAGCGAUGAGGACCUUGAAAAUAUGAUCGACGAGUAUGAUCGUCUUCUCCAGGGUGGCGGUGGCGGUGGCGGGGGAUCAUCCUCCCGUUCGUCGCGAAUCCGGCUCUUCUUGUUCCCAUCCAAGUCUGAGUCCGCCCCGUCCUCCAUUGGAUCUGGAUCGCUGCUUGAAGACUCCAAGUCGGAGACCUGGUUCGUCGACGCGCUCAACAGCGGCAUCGGCUCCGCCGGUGCGUUGCCCCGGGGACUCUCCGCCGAUUCGGCGUCGGUCAACUGUCUUCUCGGCUUGGAGGAUGAUUCAUCCACGCAUUCUCGCGCCGACGUGGAGCAGCACGUACUCCACCGCCCAGACUCGUCCGGCCGGCUUCCCUUGGUCGCGGACUUGCCAAUGCUCGAGACUAUCUCCUCAGGACCUCAGCCUUUCUUAUCUAAUCUCCCACCGAUCCCUGUCUGGCCGGAGGAUCGCUCUCCUGAUCGACGAGUCGGCGGUCUAGACGAUCAUUUCUCGCAAAUGAAUCUCUCCGCCGGAACCCAUCCACCGCCGAUUCCGAUGCCGAUCCCACUCCCACCCGUCUCAUCUACAACUCUCUCCAUCUCACCAUCCGAAAUCCCUAAUCGCGUCUUCUCCGACGACGAGAAAUCAGAGAAAUCGGAUCAAAACGCCGUCCGCAAGACUCCAGCACCAUCGAUGCAAACUAUCCAAUCUCAAUUCCCUCCAAAGAUCGAAUCCCCAAUCCCUGAAUCCCUCCCCAGGCCUUUCUAUGCAAACCCGAUCACGGAAUCCAAACGAGAAGCUCCUCCACGGAUGCCACCGUCGUCCUCGACGAUGCAGCCGGAGCAACACCAGCACCAGCAUUUCGUCACCACUAAUCCCCAUUACCUCCAUCACCAACACACAGCCACUAUGGUUCCAAUCCAAUCCUACUACCAAAUCCCUCAGCAAUCCCAGCAACCCCACCAUUUCGAUUCCCAAAUCCAUCCCAUGUACUACCUCCCCAUCCACUCCAAUCCCUCCACCAUCCCCACCUCCGCCGCCGCUCCCCGUCCCUCCCUCCCCUCCGGCAUUCCCUACCACAUGAUCUCCAACUACGGCUACGAAUACGCCGCCGCCGCCGCCGCCGCCGCCGCCACUACCGCCCCCGAUUCCUCCCACUCCCAACUCUACUACACCCAGCCAACACCAUCUCCAGCACCGGCGCCGGCGCCGCCCACUCCCGCCGACACCAAACCCACCAGAGCCUCAUAGUCCUGUAAGCCUUCACUUACAUCCAUUAAAUUAGAAAUUUUUUUUUUCCUUAUUUUUGCACUAUUUCCUCUUCUUUUACUUUGAUUCAUAUAUGUGUGUGUGUGUUACAAUAUCUUCAUAUCAUCAUAUAUUUUUCCAGUGAUCUUAUUACUGUGCUUACUUAAGAUGAUGACAACCAAAUAAUACCAAUCUCUUUCUUCCACCAAUCUCUGCAUGUAAAUAUUACUACCAUUGAAUGAAUAAAAUUUAGGAUAUAUGGCAGCAUGCCACCAUCUCUUUUCUCAUAUUUUUUUUUUUCCCUUCAUACUAUUAAGAAUUCUUUAAUGGCUUUGUGGUACGAGAUCCAACCUGGAUUUCCUGGAGAUGAGCUCUUUCUCAGGUGGCUUGCAUGAACUUUUCUUUCUUUUUUUUUAUUAAAAAUAAAUAAAAAAAAAACUUGGAAGAUGAGUUCCAUGUGGUGGUCUGUGCUUGUGUGUCUUCUACGUGUGUACAAUGUUGCAUGUGAUGUGUUUGUGAUUUCCAUUAGUUUAUUUUUUUAUGUACUUCUUAUCUUUUUUUUUAAAAACUCAUUUUUUUAGUUGUUUACUUAAUGAGUUGUUAACGUUGUUGUUGUUGUUGUUGUUGUUGUUGUUGUUGUAGAAACUAGAAAGAAGUAGAGCAUGUUUUGGCAAACAAAUGCUCAUAAUAGAUAACAAAGACAGAUAACUAGUAUUUCAGUACAAAUCUUGUUGAAUUUUAAUCUGGAUUUCUUGUUUUAAUUAACAUUUCAUUGAGUUCUACAGCAAAUUUUAGUAUCUGAUUGUUCCAUUACCUGCUUCAAACUAUAUAUUUAUACAUAUGUAUGCACUAUGAUUUGUGGUUGCUUUUUCUUUUUGUGUUACUGAAUAAUUGUGGACAUGAAAUGUGACUUUAUAUGUACCAAGCUCUGCAUUGAACUUGAAAUGUGAAACUACUCUAGACCCAGAUUUGUUUGUUUUUACAUGUAAGCAAAUAUUUGGUAAAUUAUGGUAUGUAAUUAAUUACACACAAGU